AUGAGCGUCCAGGUGCAGUCCGCAACUGACCCAGGUCUCACAUUGUCCAAGGAUCGUUGUGAACCUGGUUCUGUCAACAUCCCGCUAUGCAAAUGGCCAAAGACGGCAGAAUCUACGUCUGUCGAUGCUGAUGCCGUUGCUGCAAAGAUCGUCGAGUCAGUCAACACUGCUCUAAAGAACGACGACACAAAAUCAAUUGCUGAGCUGUUUCUUGAGGAUGGCUAUUGGCGGGACCACCUCGGUCUCUCCUGGGACCUGCACACAAUCAAAGGAAAGGACAAACUCACAAGCUUCCUUGCCGACAACGGAUGUCCUUUGGCAAAGCUUGAAAUCGACAAGACUACAGCUUACCGUUCACCCCAACUGGGAUCUUUCGACGGCACAGGGGAUGUGAAGGGCAUUCAGUUCUUCUUCAAUUUCACCUCCAAAGUUGGAACUGGUCAAGGCGUUGCUCGCCUGGCCGAGAGAGACGGCCAAUGGAAGAUUUUCACUUUCUUUACCACUUUACGUGAAAUUGCGGGCCACGAAGAAAAUACAGGCCCUAGAAGACCGAAAGGAGUCGAGCAUGGCGAAAAGAUAAAUCGGAAGAACUGGCAGGAGAGGAGACGUAAAGAGAUUGAAUUGAAAGACCGGGAUCCCGUCGUUAUGAUUGUUGGCGAGUACAAACCAACUACUUCAGAUCAAUGUGCCGGCCAAGCUGGGCUGACGGUGGCCGCCCGUCUCAAGAUGCUCGGAAUUGACACCCUGAUCAUUGAUACCGAAAACACCAUCGGUGACAAUUGGCGGAGACGAUAUCAUCAGCUCGUCCUUCAUGACCCGGUUUGGUACGACCACAUGCCGUACCUAUCAUUUCCGCCAAAUUGGCCGAUCUUCACGCCAAAGGAUAAGCUCGCCGAGUUCUUUGAAUCUUACGCUAAGCUGAUGGAGCUCAACGUUUGGGUCAAGACGAGCAUAGAGUCGAGCUCGUGGGAUGAGGGCAAGAAGCUAUGGACCGUUACUAUCAAGCGCACCAAAGAGGAUGGCACGGAGACCCGCACACUGCAUCCUAAGCACGUCAUCCAAUGCACCGGUCACUCUGGCAAGAAAAACUAUCCCACCGUGAAAGGAAUGGACGGUUUCAAGGGUGACGUACUCUGCCAUUCUUCUGAGUUCAAGGGAGCACGCCCCGAUGGCAAAGGCAAAAAGGCCGUCGUAGUUGGAUCCUGCAAUUCAGGCCACGACAUCUCGCAGGACUUCUACGAAAAUGGAUAUGACGUUACGAUGGUGCAGAGGUCUACCACCUGUGUCAUCUCCAGCGAAGCGAUUACCGAGAUCGCCUUGGCUGGGCUGUACGACGAAAAUGGUCCGCCAGUGGACGACGCAGAUCUAUUUCUCCACAGUCUACCCAGCGAAGUCCUGAAAGCUCUGCAGGUCAAAGUUACCGAAUUGCAAAACCGGCACGAUGCGAAAAUCCUUGAAGGUCUACAAAAAGUUGGUUUCAAGAUUGACCAAGGACCAGACGGUGCAGGACUCUUUAUGAAAUACUUCCAACGCGGGGGCGGGUACUACAUCAAUGUUUCUGCUUCUCAAUCGAUCAUCGACGGCAAGAUCAAGAUUAAACAAGGGCAAGAAAUCGACGAAAUCCUGCCCCACGGACUGCGCUUCGCGGACGGCAGCGAGUUAGAGGCAGACGAGAUAGUGUUCGCCACGGGAUACAAGAACAUGCGGACGACGGCGAGGGACAUCUUUGGCGACGAGGUCGCGGACCGUGUUGGCGAUGUCUGGGGGUUUGACGCCGAGGGCGAGAUGCGGACUAUCUGGCGGCGGUCAGGACAUCCGGGGUUCUGGUUCCACGGUGGCAACCUGGCGCUGUGUCGGUACUAUUCCAAGUUGCUGGCGUUGCAACUCCAGGCGUUGGAGGAGGGGAUUGCGAAGUAUUAA